AUGAUUCCUCUAUUGAUCCUAUGCCUGUUUUCCGUGGCAUCUGGAGACUUUCUGAAGGCAGAAGAUGUUUAUAUUCUUUCGGAAGACGACUUCGACAUUUUCCUAAAGGGGAACCCCACGGCAUUGAUCAAAUUCUAUGCUCCAUGGUAAGAAUCAGUCAAUUUUAACAUUAUAAAAAGGUUGAAAUUUAAAAUUUUUCUUGUUUUUUUUGUCUUUACUUAAGUAAAACAUGAAUAUUUAAAUAUGAAAAUAGAAAUUAAACAACCUUAAGUGGUUUUUCAAUACAACUUAAGCAUUUAAUCUUUAAAAAGCAUUAUUAGGUAUUAUAUUUAAUAUUAUGUUCUAGGUGUGGACAUUGUAAAACCUUAGCUCCAGAAUACGAAAAAGCGGCCAAGAGCUUGGACAUUCCGCUGGCAAAGGUGGAUGCUACAGUUGAGCCAAAAUUGGCGAAGAGGUUCAAUGUUGAAGGGUAUCCGACAGUGAAGUUCUUUGAAGGUGGCAAAGAUCCUAUCGAUUAUGACGGUCAACGUGAUGCCGAAUGUAAGUUUGCCAAUUUUGUAGUGUUUAAGAUGCUAUACGAUUUAUUGUUAGAACUAUUUUUUUUUAAGAAAAGAGAUUGUUUUUGAUUUUAAAGAUUUUAGGUAACAGUUUCUUUAAAGUCGAAUAAAAAGAAGUUUUAAAAGUUAACUUGCACGACCUGGUACAAGGUAAACAUAAUAUAAUUAAAAGUGCGGAAAUUUUUCAAAAUUUUGUUUUGAAUUCAUGAUGAAAGCAUUAGUGCUAUAGCACGUGAUGGAAUAAAAUGUACUUUUUGCUUUUUGAGAUAAAACUUUAACAUAACGUUUUAGCAAUUGUCCAAUGGGUCCAGCAGAAGACCGACCCCAACUACAAACCGCCUCCAGAAGAAGUUGUGACUUUGACGGGGGAGACUUUUGAUGAAUUCACCAAAGAGAAGCCACUGAUGUUGGUGGAGUUCUACGCUCCUUGGUGCGGCCACUGCAAGAAGUUGGCUCCUGAAUAUGAAAAGGCUGCUAAGAAGUUGAAGGUAAAGCUUAUUUAAUGUUUUUUGUUUACUGUACUCUUUUAUUGAUUAAAACAGUUAAUUUUCUCGUACUGAUGUGCAAUAGUUCUAAGGUGUAACUGGUUUUAGGCGCACAACAUACCUCUGGCUAAAGUUGACGCCACUGUGGAAAAGAAGCUGGGCGAUCAAUAUGGAGUAACUGGCUACCCUACCUUAAAGAUUUUACGCUACGGAAGACGUUUUGAUUACGAUGGACCUAGAGAUACAGAAGGCAUUGUCAAGUUCAUGCUCGAUCAGUCGACGCCAGCAGCCAAAGAGCUUCGCACGGUGUCAGAAGCCAAGAAGUUAUUCUCGAAAGAUGACAUCACGAUCAUCGGAUUCUUUGCUUCUACAGAAUCUUCACAGUUUGAAGCUUUCAACGACGCUGCCGAGCGAACUAGACCAGAAUUUCAGUGGGUUGGCUACACUACAGAUCCAUCGGUAUUCAAACACUUCAAAGCUGUACCCAAUGACAUUAUCAUCUUCUACCCUGACAUGUUCUUGUCUGAACAUGAAGACAAGCAGAAGAAGCUGAACAAGCCUGACUACACAACGGAAGACCUUCUCAACUUCUGGAGAGACAACUCGGCUACACUAGUCGGGUUCAGAACGAUGAAGAAUGUGGCUACAAAGUUUGCUAGAAACCCAUUAGUGGUUGUUUACUAUUCAGCUGACUUCUCGGCCGAAUACAGAAAAGGGUCCCAGUACUGGAGGAAGAAGGUGGUACCAAUUGCCAAAAAAGUAAAUUUAUAUUUUUGACAUUUUAAUUUACAAUAGUUUACUUUUGAUUUCUAACCAAAAUAUUACUGUAAAUUUAAUAUGGGUUGUUUGUGUUUGUAUAAAUAUGCUUAACAUACUGUUACUUUCAGUAUCUUCGCCAAAAGUACCGUUUUGCCGUAGCCAACGAAGACGAGUUUAUUCGUGAACUUCAAGAAGUUGGUCUGGGUGACAGUGGGCUCGAACACAAUGUCAUCUGCUUCGGCUUUGAUGGAAAGAAGUAUCCGAUGAGACCAGAGAUCUACGAUGAAGAGCUGGAGGAGAAUCUGGAGGCUUUCAUGAAGGAUCUGAGUGCUGGCAAGGUGAAGCCGUAUGUCAAGUCUGCUCCAGUACCUAAGGAUGACAAUGGACCAGUGAAGACAUUGGUGGCCUCGAACUUUGAAAGGGUGCUGGGCGAUGACAAAAAGGACUAUCUGGUCGAGUUCUACGCGCCAUGGUGUGGACAUUGCAAGGUAAAAUCAUUGAUAAAUUUUGUUAUACUGGCUCUUUUACUGAAAGCGGGUUUGUGGUGCUAAUUAGAAUAAUUUCGUACUUAGUACAUGUUUCCUAUCUUGAUAUAAGUUAUUAAUCUGUUUUAUUUUCAGAAAUUUGAACCCAAAUAUAAUGAAAUUGCGCGAAAACUGAAAAACGACAAAGCCCUCGUUCUGGCCAAGUUUGAUGCUACUGCUAACGAUCCUCACGAAGACUUUAAGGUGGAAGGUUUCCCAACCAUAUACUUUGCUCCAGGUGGACUAAAAUCAAAGCCUAUCAAGUACACGGGGAAUAGGGACGAGAAGGAUCUCCUCAGCUUCAUGAAGAAACAUUCUGUCAAUAGUUUUAAGGGCAGGGACGAGCUUUAG